AUGAAGACCACCGCAAGCGACCUUUUUCCAGCCUUCGUGUCUUUGGCCAAACAGUUUAGGAGCAUCACGUUCUCAGCACAGCCCGGGGAGGCUAUGAAACCCCUCUGCCUGGGGUGGGUAGGACAGGCUUCACUUAAUCUUUUGUUUAGCACGCUGGAGAAAACUCUCAGCAACACUGAGCUCAGUGUUAAUGGUCGCCAGUUCUUAAGAGCAGAGAGGAGAGAUUCGUCAUCCACCUUGGGAAUUAGCGUGGUGACGCUCUCUUUCAAACAGUCUGGGCAGGGCGCCCUGGAAUGGGUUCGCCCCGAGAGAGGGGCCCGUGCCCUGGAAAGCGCCGCGGUUCCGGCGGUGUCCGGUGAGCUCUUGUCGGCCCUUGAAAAUCCAGGGGAGAAGGUGGCUGGGUCGGUCGGGCUGGGGUGCGAAGCGGGUCUGGGCACGUGCCGGAAGCUCGGCGCGCGGCCCGUCCGUGGGGGUCCUCCGCCCCCGGCCCGAGCCGGGGAACGGCAGGGGCUCUCGCGGGCGGUGUCCGCCGCCGGGCCCAGGGCGGACUGUCUGGAGGGGUCGGGUAUGUCUGUGGUGGCGGCGACUCUGGACGCGCGCCGGGCCCUUCUCGCGGAUCUCCCCAGCUGCCUCGGCUGGCGCCUAGCAGCUGGCUUAGAACUGGAAGUGUACAGGCCGGAGCCAGUGGACAGUGUUGCCAAUCGCUGCCCAUGUCAUCCCUGGUCCAAAAAUGUUUACCCCUCACUCUUGGAGAGGGGUUACAAUGUCCCCAGCCCUGGUGGACUAGGAGGGGCUAGCUGGCUGGAGAAGGGGCCCGAAAAAGACAAAGACAAAGACAAAGACCAGGAACAGAAGGCGGCUUGCCUUUGUGAAAAUCAGGCGAUGAAAAGGAGAUGCGAAACCUCCAACCCAUCGCUGUCAGUCAUAACUGGGCAUGCCUCCAGGUGUGGGCUUAAGAAUAGGAGGCCAGUCCCAGUGGGAGCGGCUGCUGUGGGUCUUGAGUGUACCUUCUGCUCGCGAAACUUUGGCUCCAAGAGAGGCCUUACCCAACACACCCGUCUAGCCCACUCAUUGGCAUAUGGGGCCUCCCUGGAGCAAAAUGAUGGAAGAUGGGGGGAACCCAGAGUGGCAGCCUUGGGGAUCUUUACAAUGGACAUGUUGGGUGCUCUUGUACCGGUUGAUCAACCGAGAAACAAAAUGGCUUCGAGGAUAAGAAAAGCCCUGGGCUUCUCAAAACCACUGGCGAGAGAGGUGCACAAGGAAGGACAUGCCUUGGUGCUACUUCUGCGAAAGAAAUGGAGACUGGGAAAAUGGACUACAAGGUCGGAUAAGAGUCGUGCCAGGGGAGGUCCCGUGGGCUCUUCCUCCUCCUGGAGGUAUACACAAAAGCGCCAUGUCGCUGAUAGAUCCCUAGUGAUCAGGGAAGUUCUACAGGGGAAGAAGUCCGCCUGUGGAGUUCCACUAAAAGAAAUCGGCAUCUGCUAUGACAAACUUUGGGGACAAGUUGGUACAUACAAAGGCUUGAAGGAGUUUGGGGACCUCCCUAAAGCCGACAAUUCUGGCCUAUACUUCCCAAUCUCGGCAACAGAAGUCAUGUCGGCCAUAAGGACAGGCAAGAAGAAUGGCAGCCCUGGCCCCGACAAAAUUGGCCGAGCCCACCUUUUAGCCUUCGACCCCAAGGGUACUAAGCUGGCGAUGACUUUUAACAAAUGGCUGACAGUGGGUGAAAUCCCUCUUUGUUUGAAGGAGAGUGUCACUACCCUUAUUCCCAAAGUAGAUGAGGAAUCUCGCCUCACCUCACGGAGCAACUGGAGACCAAUAACACUAAGCUCAGUGAUACUCAAAGUGAUCUCCAGUGUGAUCAACAAGAGGUUGACGGAGGCCUGCCCGGUCCACCCUAGACAGAGGGGUUUCAUAGCCUCCCCAGGCUGUGCUGAAAAUGUGUUGUUGCUGAACUGCCUAUUACAAGACGCAAAAGCUGGAAAAAGAUCCCUUGCAGUAGUUUUCAUUGAUCUCCGGAGAGCCUUCGACAUGAUUCCCCAUUCCGUCAUAAUCGAGACCCUGAAUCAGAGAGGACUCGACACAUCCUUGGUUAAGCUGAUUAGGAAUGCAUACUCUGGUGCCUUCACCAGGGUACGAGCCAAAGGCGGGCUAUCCAAGCGCAUUGUGGUCAAGAGAGGAGUCAAACAAGGAGACCCUCUCUCCCCCACUCUAUUCAAUCUAUUCUUGGAUCCGCUCCUCUAUGCUCUGGACAAAGUCGGCCAGGGAAUUUGUGUUACGGAAGAACACAAGGUCAUAGCAUUGGCGUAUGCUGAUGAUCUGAUAUUACUGAGCGACUCCUGGGAAGGCAUGGAGAGGAACCUUCAGAUCCUGGAUUCGUUCAGUACACAGACUGGGCUCGAUGUAAAUCCGGAAAAGUGCUCGGGUUUCUGGCUCUCCUUCGCAAAGAAAAAGCCAGUACUGAACUGUUGUCCCCGAUGGUCACUAGGAGGCGAGAAAGUACAGAUGCUGUCCGCCUCCGAUACAGUCAAAUACCUGGGAAUGGAAUUUUCCCCGCUUAGGGGCCUUCUGACCCCUAACCUGGUCCCAAUAAUCGAAGAGGCGGUCUUGAAGCUCGAUAAGGCCUCACUCAGACCAAGCCAAAAACUCCUGGCUCUGAGAACCUACGUAAUGCCAAAAGUGACAUACCAAGCCAACCUUUCUGAACUCAGUGCCGGCCACCUCAAGAAGCUUGAUGGCCUCGUACGUUCUAUACUGAAGAAGUGGUUGGGUCUUCCCACCUUUACAACCAACGGCAUCUUCUACAGUUCGUUCAAAGAUGGUGGCCUCAACGUGGCGAGAUUGGAAAAAGUUAUACCGGCCAUGCAGCUGAGGAGGGCUUCCAAGCUGCUGUGUUCCUCGGACCCACUGACCCACUCGGUUGCAGAGCUAAUGAACAUGGAGGCUAGGAUCAAGAAAUUGCAAAAAACAAUCGGGGGUGAAAUUGUCAAUUGCAAAGCGGACGAGGUUGCCCCAAGACUCCUCGCUUCCAAGAGAAUGAAACUGGAAGAACACAAGGCUUGGAUUAAGCUAAAGUGGCAGGGCAUGGGAGUGGAAUGCUUCCAAGGCGACGCGGUCUCAAACUCCUGGCUGAGAGAUCCCCUGACAUCAAGACUCAGCGAAUCGGAUUUCAUUAUGGCCCUAAGGUUGAGGUCUUCCACGGUGCCUUGCAUGGGGACUCCUUUGAACAGAGAUGGACCCAAGUCCUGUCGCCUUUGUGGGAAAGGCGAUGAGACGCUUAUACACAUUGUUAGCCUCUGCCCGGCCACCAAGAAACAAAGGAUGUCAAACCACAAUAACAUUUGCGACAUCCUAGCAACAAGGGCAAAGGAAAAAGGAUGGGUGGUCUUCAGGGAACGGCACCUUAGAUCACCAAAAUAUGGUUUGGCAGUCCCUGAUAUAAUUGCCAUCAAAGGAGAGUUGGCACUGAUCAUCGAUGUCGCCAUAUCCUUUGAAACGUCCCUCUCGACGUUGUCUUCGAUGGAAAAGAAGAAAAAGGCAAAGUACCUACCUUUCCGGAAUGCCCUCAUGGGCGAGGAAAAGAAAGUGAAGUCAGCUGAUACCAUGGGUUUCCCAAUGGGGGCCAGGGGGAAAUGGUAUAAAGGGAAUGAGACAUCCCUGGAGCGACUCGGAUUCACCCCCACGGAAACGAAAGGACUCGCCCGUUACCUCUCCUUGAGAGCACUACAAGGAACUGUCAAUACUUGCAAACUGUUUAACCGUUUGAUAAACAUGUAA